ACACCAGCGGCACUCGUAAUUGUUAAUUGGAGGGAAGCGAACUGAGACACCACCCGAGGAGGAGAAGGUGGUGGGGCAAAAGGUUAGCCACCAGAACCAGGGGACCAGAAAGCGAUCCACCUGACAUGCGAGGCAGCGCUUUGAAUCCGUGACGACAAUCAUUGCAUCACCAAGAUUAGCGGGCAUUACCGCGAGUAGCCAAGCAAGGAUGAGUGCCGCCGGCUGGCUGGACAUGAAUGCAGCUCUCCAGAGUCUCAACGAAAACUCAGAACCUAAUGUGAGACCCGGAACCAGGCAGAAGCGACGGAGUAGCUACGCCGGACGCAGUGCAGCCACCGCUGGUGUCCAUGGUCGUGGCAGCAUUGGCAGUGUGAGUGCCGGCCUUUACAAGGCAUUCCGAGAGCGCUUCCUCAGCAGCGAUGAUUCCUCGGGGAACUAUCGCAAACUGCGGCAAAGGGAUGCGGAACUAGGACGUAAUCCAUCCAGUUCCACGGACACCUCCGGCGAGGAUGGAGAGCCCAGCAGCAGCAGCAGUGUGGAGGAUCUCUUCGCUAGCGAGGCGGACCGACGGAAGUGGCAGCGGAAAACCUCAGAGCAAAGGCGUCGGGCUGCCAGGAAAAAGAACCUAAUGCAUUCCAAGGAGAAAAAGCGCCGUGUGCGAAUCAUUCUGAGUGUUGUGACAGCAGUCAUUGCCUUGGCUCUGCUGGGCACUGCCUUGUACUUUAUCCUUCGGACUGAUGAAAAUGAUAAUUCCAGUGAUUCAGAUAAUAAUAACAAUAAUAAUAACAAUAAUGCCAUUGAUCUAGAGGAUGUGCUGAGCGGUCAGCUUUAUGCAAAGCGUUUCAAUGGCAGCUGGAGUAAUGGCGACAGUCUGAUAUACAAGGAGAAUGCGUCCAUCAUGGAGUUCGAUGCCAAGACAGGAGCACGCAGCACUCUGCUCGAUGGUGCCUCCCAUUAUGUUCUGUAUGAGAAGUCCGCCGAUGGCCAGUUCCUGCUGCUGGCUAAGAACUACAAAAAGAACUUCCGGUAUAGUUUUCUGGCUGAGUACGACCUGUACAAUCUGAACACAAAGAAAUUCACUCCACUAACCAUCGAGGGGCAGCAACUCUACCUGAGCAUGGUACAGUGGGCACCCGUGGGCAACGCUCUGGUGAUCAAUUUCAAUCGCAAUCUGUACUACAAAGAGAGUGCCACUGCUACGGAGAUUGCCAUCACCAGUGACCCAGAGCAAUCGGGCGUACUCAAUGGCAUUCCCGAUUGGGUGUAUGAGGAGGAGGUAUUCAGCUCGAAUGUGGCCACUUGGUUCAAUCCCUCGGGCACACAGUUGGCCUUCAUAAAGUUCGAUGAUUCGACCACACAUCAAAUCAACUUCCCCUACUACGGUGAUGCCGGUGACCUGAGGUAUCAGUAUCCCCUUCAUCAGGUUAUUGCCUAUCCCAAGGCUGGUUCCUCUAAUCCACGAGUGGAACUUGUGAUGGUUGACCUGAAGAGAGCUGUGUCUGGUAGAGAUUUCAUUACUGUGAUGCCUGUGCCGGCAGCGCUGAAUACGGAGACGGAUUACAUAGUCACUGUGGUCAGUUGGGUUGAUGAUACCAAUGUCCUGUCCAUCUGGAUGAAUCGCAUUCAGAAUGCGGCCUAUGUUGUAACCUUCGAUGGUCUCAACAGGCGGGUGAUCUACAGCACCGAAUCAAAGACAGGCUGGGUGAAUCUCUAUACCGCUCCCUUCAGGAACAGGAACGGAUCUCGUCUGGCCUUUGUCCUGCCGCACAAUAACUACAAGCACUUGCAACUCCUCAGCUCCACAGUGGCCAGCCCAGAGUUACAGGUCCUGGAACCCCUUACCGAGGGCAAAUAUGUGGUGGAUAGCAUCCUUCACUGGGAUGGCUCCACCGAUGUCAUCUUCUAUACGGCCAACACGGAGGAUCAUCCGGAGCAACUUCAUGUGUACGCGAUACGAGCUCUGGCCAAGCAGAGUCCCAAGUGCCUCACUUGCAACCUGAUCAAGUCCGGGGAUGUGCAGCAAACCUACUUCUCGGCGACUUUCAAUGACAAUAACCAUAUUGUGAUCACAUCUCUGGGACCCGGAAUACCCACAACACACAUCUAUGAGUGGAAAUAUGAAAAUUCUCAAGUUCUCAUCUCGAAUGUCCUGGACUGGGAGACCAAUGAGAUCCUGCGUGGCAAACUUAAGGGCGUGGCCCUGCCCUCUCACAAGAUCCUCACAUUCAAUAUUGAUGGUGGCUUCCAGGCCAAGGUUCUGUUACAGCUUCCCCCUAAUCUGGAUACCAGUGGCAAUACCAAAUAUCCCAUGCUGGUGGAUGUCUAUGGCGGACCAGAUUCAUAUUCCGUAACCAACAAAUGGAUGCUGGACUGGGGCACAUAUCUGACCUCAAAUCAGUCUGUGAUCUAUGCCAAGAUCGAUGGUCGUGGCUCUGGACUUCGUGGCGAGAAUCUUUUACAUGCUAUUUACUUGCAGCUGGGAACUGUGGAGAUCACUGAUCAGAUCAAGGUUACACAAAACCUCACUCAAAUGUUCAACUAUAUAGAUAAGGAUCAUGUGGGCAUUUGGGGCUGGUCAUAUGGUGGCUAUGCCGCUGCCAUGGCUCUGGCCAAUGAUAAUAGCCAAGUAUUCAAGUGUGCUGCCUCGAUAGCUCCAGUCACAGACUGGGCCUACUAUGAUUCCAUUUACACGGAGCGCUAUAUGGGCCUGCCCAAUACCAAUGAGGUGGGUUAUGCCAACUCCAGACUGAGUACACAGGCACAAAAGCUGAGGGGCAAGAAGUAUCUGCUGGUCCAUGGCACUCUCGAUGAUAAUGUACACUAUCAGCAGGCCAUGAUCUUGGCCAAGAAUCUGGAGAGACAUGAUAUUCUGUUCAAGCAGAUUAGCUAUGCCGAUGAGGAUCAUGGCCUGUCCAAUGUGCGUCCUCAUUUGUAUCAUUCACUGGAUCGCUUCUUUGGCGAAUGCUUUGCCAGCAGUCGCCUCAUGAAAAGUGCCAAGUAGAUUGGGCCCAUUACAAUAAAAAAUAAUACAAAUUAACAAAUAAUAAUAGCAAGGCAACAUUUUACAGCUGCAACUAGUAAAGAGAAACAAAUUAAAUACAAUUGGUACUUAAAAAGUUAAUAGAUCGCCGAAUUAAACGAAACAACUUUAACGAAAACUUAAUAAUCAGACAAUUUAAAUUGAUAUAUAAAGUUGAAAACGCUUAAAGAAUAAAACUAAACGAGAAUUACAUAUAAAUCAACAUAAAUGCAGGUCCAAAAGUGUUAUAUAAGAUCAACUUGGAACAAUAAUCUUUUCAAUUUGCAUUUUUAAAAACAUUUUAAAAUUAUAUAGAAAGCAAAAAAUUAGUUGAGAUAGCUGUGCAAUUGAGAGGGGAGAAGAAAAUAUUGUCUAGCUAGUGCCUGAUUAUAUAAAGUGUAUUGUAGAUAUAUUGCAAUUCAAUUACAAAAGCUAUAUAAUCCACACUUUUUGCAAGCGAUCCUCCAAUUUAAGCUUACUCCCAAACUUCCCUAUAGGUCCGAGAAAUUUAAUUUGUAACGAACCUUCCUGUACAUUUAAUAAUAAUGAAAAUAAAACCUAUAGUAGUAUGUAAUAUUUUUUUAGCAGUUUAGUUUGCUAAAAAGAAAAACCUGUAAAUAUAAAAGAAAAAAACAUAGUUGUUAAAUGGCUUUUUGUAAAUUAGAGAAGACAAACAUUGUGUAUAGGCAACAGUUAAAAAGGCAAACAAACAAUAAAUAAUUAAA